AAAGAAUAUUGAUAUGUACGCUAAUUCGAAUUUCAGAAAGUAACAUUUCGUUUUGACUCCCUAGAUGUAUAAUUAAUAAUCUAAAACAGUGUUAUAACACAUUCACGUGACACCAUCCACCAUGAGGAAGACUUCGGAUUUCAGUUAUAUUGUCUUUACUACGAUUUUAAUCUUAUGUGUUUUACAAACUCUGAAUUGUUCGAAGGAGGCGGACCGCUGCAAAAAAUGUAGAAGAAAACUCAAAAGUAGUAAAAAACAAACGAUCGGAAACGACACAACAAAGGUGACUUUCUCGGGGAUCAUUGAUGGAAAAAGUUAUCCGUAUGUAUUGUCACCAAGGCAGGGAUUAGAGGAGACCUGGAAGACGAUUGAUCCAGAAGUAACAUCUUCUCAAGACGUCAUUAAGAGAGGAAGAGAAUUUGUAGCAUAUGUUCAACAAAGGUUUAACAUCGAUAUAAGCAGAUUGAGUGACACAGAACUAUUGAUGGGGUCUUCAGUAGAAUUUGGAAAUCUAACAUUUGUGGGAUUCAUUAAAGAAAAUGACCUUAGACUUGUUACGAAAACAACUCCAGCCCGAGAGGUCACCUACUACAGAAAUACAAAAUACAAAGGCGUUG